UCCCAUUCCUUGACUUGCAAAUUUGACUGGAUUGAUUUCUGCAAUUGGUGCAGCACCUUUGCCGUCAGCAUUUGACUGACAGUAGCUUCCGGAAGUUUAUGCUGUAGUCUUUCCGUGGAAGUGACGUCGCGCUGUCAACAUGUAAGAUGGCGGCUCAUCACAGGCAAAAUGCGGCUGGGCGGAGGAAAGUCCAGGUGUCCUAUGUAAUACGGGAUGAAGUAGAGAAAUACAAUCGCAAUGGGGUGAACGCACUGCAGCUGGACCCCACAUUGAACCGGCUCUUCACUGCUGGCCGAGACUCCAUCAUCAGAAUCUGGAGUGUGAACCAGCACAAGCAAGACCCCUACAUAGCAUCAAUGGAACAUCACACAGACUGGGUCAAUGACAUCGUACUUUGUUGUAAUGGAAAGACGUUAAUAUCCGCUUCAUCAGACACCACUGUCAAAGUCUGGAAUGCACAUAAAGGAUUUUGCAUGUCAACGUUGCGGACACAUAAGGACUAUGUGAAAGCGUUGGCAUAUGCAAAAGAUAAAGAGGUGGUGGCAUCGGCAGGGCUGGACAGACAGAUAUUCCUUUGGGAUGUAAACACCCUCACAGCACUGACUGCCUCAAACAACACAGUCACCACUUCCUCCCUGAGUGGGAACAAGGACUCCAUCUACAGUCUUGCCAUGAAUCAGAUGGGAACAGUAAUUGUUUCUGGGUCCACAGAGAAGGUUCUGCGAGUGUGGGACCCACGGACCUGUGCAAAGCUAAUGAAGCUGAAAGGACACACAGACAAUGUAAAGUCUUUGUUAUUAAACAGAGAUGGAACACAGUGUUUAUCAGGCAGCUCCGAUGGGACAAUCCGCUUGUGGUCCCUGGGCCAGCAGAGAUGUAUAGCCACGUACCGAGUCCACGAUGAAGGGGUCUGGGCUCUGCAGGUCAACGAGGCCUUCACCCACGUUUACUCGGGAGGACGGGACAGGAAGAUCUACUGCACAGACCUGCGCAAUCCAGACAUCAGGGUGCUCAUCUGUGAGGAAAAGGCAUCGGUUCUGAAGAUGGAACUGGACAGAUCUGCGGACCCCCCUCCAGCUAUCUGGGUGUCCACCACAAAGUCCUCCGUAAACAAAUGGUCCCUGAAAGGUAUUCACAAUUUCCGAGCAUCUGGUGAAUAUGACAAUGACUGUAGCGCUCCCCUGACACCACUGUGCACACAACCUGAACAAGUGAUCAAAGGGGGAGCUAGUAUUAUUCAGUGCCACAUCCUGAAUGAUAAGAGACACAUACUUACCAAAGACACCAACAACAAUGUGGCAUAUUGGGAUGUACUUAAGGCCUGCAAGGGAGAAGAUCUGGGAAAGAUAGAAUUUGAUGAAGAAAUUAAAAAACAGUUCAAAAUGGUGUAUGUGCCAAACUGGUUCUCAGUAGACCUGAAAACUGGGAUGCUGACAAUCACUUUGGAUGAGAGCGACUGUUUUGCUGCCUGGGUGUCUGCUAAGGAUGCUGGGUUUACCAGUCCAGAUGGUUCAGAUCCCAAACUAAACCUGGGCGGGCUGUUGCUUCAAGCUUUGUUGGAAUACUGGCCAAGAACACAUAUCAACCAAGCGGAUGAAGAAGAAAAUGAAAUAAACCACGUUAACGGUGAACAGGAACCCCGAAUACAGAAAGGAAAUGGGUAUUUCCAGGUGCCGCCCCACACGCCGGUCAUCUUUGGUGAAGCAGGGGGGAGGACUCUGUUCAGAUUACUGUGUCGAGAUUCAGGGGGUGAAACAGAGUCCAUGCUUCUCAACGAGACUGUUCCACAGUGGGUUAUUGACAUCACUGUGGAUAAAAACAUGCCUAAAUUCAACAAAAUCCCUUUCUACCUCCAACCUCAUUCCUCUUCAGGGGCGAAGACAUUAAAAAAGGAUCGACUAUCGGCUAGCGACAUGCUGCAGGUCAGGAAGGUGAUGGAACACGUGUACGAGAAGAUUAUCAACCUGGACAACGAGUCCCAGAUAACCAGCGCCUCCAAUAAUGAAAAGCCUGGAGAGCAGGAGAAGGAGGAGGACAUUGCCGUGCUGGCAGAGGAGAAGAUUGAGCUGCUGUGUCAGGACCAGGUUUUGGAUCCGAACAUGGACUUGAGAACAGUGAAGCAUUUCAUCUGGAAGAGUGGCGGAGACCUGACCCUCCAUUACCGACAGAAAUCUACGUGAAUCAGGGAGGGCCAGGAGUUCCAACACCUGCUCAUCCCCAUCAGCCACCACCAGCCUGUACUGUUAAUUAGCGUAGCGGUUCCCAGAGUAGCACCGUAGAAGCCCCACACAACCCUGUGUUAGCUGUGUGCUUCAAUGAGCAGCCCUCUACAGACCAGUUCUAACUGUAUCAAAAAGAGGAAGUCCCUUCAUGCUGUAACAUAGGAACAUUACAGAGUAUAUAAUGACAUUUGAAAUCACUGUUGUCUGAAUCAUAAGGACAGAGAAAAUAAGAGGGGGGGGUUGUGCUGUGUACAGUGGAUGGAUUAAAAAAUUAAUAUCCAGGAAAACCCUUUUUUUCUUUUUGAAUUCCUAGUUGUCUGUCUUGUUUAGAAGGAUAGAGAGCCUGAUUUUACUAAUAUUGUUUGCAAGGCUCCAUUUUCGUCGCUUGUAUACAUCAGCGUUCGCGUUGUGAUUGAUCGGUAAGCGCACACUUUCGUGUUUCGUUCUGGUUUUUGCAGUACAUUCCAGAAGGCAGUACUUGUUUCUAACAUUGUGUUCCUCACCCUGUUUUUGUCUUUUCAUAUUUGUGAGCGAAUGAAGAAUGUGGACAUUCAGUAACAGGAAAAAGAAAACAAUCCUGGCACGUUCUUUUAUUGUAUACAAGUAACGAUGGGCAGUGACCUGGCAUGUAUCGCACCACCUCAUCAUUACUAUUGAAAUGCAUUUAUUCACUGUAGCAAGAACCGUAAAACAACCCCUUAAGCGCUGUAGACGGGGAGGGAACCGGACCUUCUUCGAACACACAACUUCUAUGGCUUGCACUUUCUUUUAGAAGAUAAAGCGCCACAUAGACCUGUUUUCUUUUUGUAAAUGAUCUGUACCGAGGAACACAUGAAAACCAAACAUUUUUUCUUUUUUUUGAGACAAAUACAAGUAAAGUUUAUUAUUUUCAAUAAAUCAUUUGACUUUAUUAUAAUUUGUGACUUUCUUUUGUAGUUUUCUGAGCACACUCCAAUAUGCAUUCUUCUUAUUAUUUUUCAAAUCUCUAUCUAUCUAUAUAUAUAUUAUAGCAGGAUUGCAAGUGAUUUUCUUCGUGGUGAGAAUGCUGAUUCCCACUCAGUCUGCUCUGGUAGCUCUUCGUGUAGAAAACAUGUUGCCCUUGUUAUUACCCAUCUGCAUUAGGGGGAGCUUGUCCAUUAUUUUAUUUUGCAUCUUUUGGAAAGCGAAACUGUCAUUGGCAAAAAUGAAGAGCUCAGUUUGUGUUUUUUGUUUAUGAAUUAAAGCAAUACCAUUUUAACUGCACUUUGCAAAUUUAAAAGUCGGAUGACAAUGAAAGUUAUUGAACUGCAGAAUAUAAUAGAUUAAAGCAAAUAUAGUAUAUUUCAACUUAAAGAAAAGUUAUUUUCCUUUGUUUUUUGUCCAAAAUAAAUAAGAAGCACCUGUUGUUGUACAAGCUGUAUAUGAAGUUGAAAUCUAUGAGGAAUAUAUAAAGCUGCCAUAUCUACAACCCCUGUAUUAUUUCUGCUCCCCGUGUUGAUUGUAACUAUAUCUGUAGUAUAUUUUGGUUUAAUAUCUGCUAAAUAAAUUGACCAAUAUGUUUGCUUUUACAUUUA